UACAUUGCUCUGUGUACUCGAAUUUGUUCUCUGAGCAAACCUUCUAUACCUGUUUUUCUAUUGAAAUAAUUUAUUAAAUUCAGUCUUAUUUUCAUUAUAUGAUGUUCAAUAAAUAAUAUUGGUUCAUAAAAAUAUACCCUUGUAUUUAUUGAAUAUUAUACAUUUAAAAGUUAAUGAUAUAAACGCAUUAAAGUUCAUAUUGUUCGUAAUGCAAUAGUUCCAUAUCUCUACUCAUCCACUAAAAUGAAAUCUAGCAAACGACGACUUCAGGCACUUACGGAAGGCUCCGAUGGCUUGCCCAAUUAUCUUAAAAUGGAAGAUUCUGAAACGUCCAUACCGCCUGUUUUUAGAUCUAGACUGCAUGAUUUAUUUUCUCAGAUAGAAAAAGAAUUUGACCUUCUUUAUACUGAGAAUUUAAAUUUGCAAGAGAAGAUAGAUAUUCUCAGUGAAAAAUUGGAAAGAGAAAGUUAUGUGGGAGAUCGUCAAAAUUUAGAUUAUAUUGAGUUUGAAACUGCAGGAAAAAAUUCCAAAGGAAAAUUGACCCAAAGCAAUUCUCAGAAAGUGAAAGCAAGCCACAAAUUGAGAGUGCAGACUAGUAAGAUAGUAUCUAGCUUCAAAGCACCCACAUAUAACUGCCAACUGGUUAGAGAAUUCACUGGACACAAAGAUGGUAUUUGGGAUGUGACAUCUGCUCGACCAGGGCAAGCUCUUAUUGGGACUGCUUCUGCUGAUCACACAGCUUGCGUAUGGAGUGUAGAAUGGGGAAAAUGCCUUCUACAGUACACAGGCCAUCAGGGGUCAGUGAACUCGAUCAGAUUCCACCCUACGCGAGACAUAGCACUUACGAGUAGUGGAGACAACACUGCUCAUGUCUGGCAGGCUGCUGUAAACUGGGAUCUGCCACGUGGUCAAUCUUCUGAAGAGGAGCUCGAAGGCGGUGGUGAAGAGAGUCUUGGAGAAGGUGGCGACCGACCUGAAGUACUGCGGACUCCACUUAAUGAGCUUGGUGGACAUCUCGGCGUAGUGGUAGCUGCCGACUGGCUCACAGGUGGAGACCACGUCAUCACCGCCUCAUGGGACAGAACAGCCAACUUGUAUGAUGUUGAAACAGGAGACUGUUUGCAGGUUCUAACAGGGCAUGACCACGAGCUCACACACGCGUCGGCUCACCACAGCUCGCGACUCGUGGUGACGGCAUCGCGGGACACCACUUUCCGUUUAUGGGACUUCCGCGAGCCCAUACAUUCCGUCUCCGUAUUCCAAGGGCACACAGAGAGUGUCACUUCGGCCGUAUUUACGCGUGAAGAUAAAGUCGUCUCCGGCUCUGAUGAUAGAUCAGUGAAGGUCUGGGAUGUGCGUAAUAUGCGUUCAGCACUAGCAACUAUCAGGUCAGAUUCUUCAGUGAACCGCGUGGGGGUAAGCAGCGGCGGCCUGAUAGCGAUCCCACACGAUAAUAGACAAGUCCGACUGUUCGACCUGCAGGGACAGAGGUUGGCGCGUCUGCCAAGAUCCAGUAGACAGGGCCAUCGGCGCAUGGUCACAUCGGUGGCAUGGGCAGAAGACACACUCUCAAGCAUAAACUUCUUCAGCUGUGGCUUCGACCGACGUAUUCUUGGCUGGUCCAUCCAACCUUCUAAGGAAAACUGAACGUGUUCACCUGGGUACAAGAUAUAUGUCGUCUUGCAGCCUCGACACUGGCAAGUUACAACUUGUGGUGAGUCUCCAUCAGCAUACUACACCGGUCUUACUGUAUCAAUGCAUGUAAAUGCGUCAACACACAGUCUUCUUAUUAAAAUUGUACAGAAAUUUAUUGUUCUAUUUGUACAACUUAUUGGAAGUCGAAACUUGCAUGUAUGACUCUUUGGUUUUAUAUUACGUCAUCAAUGUGAAAGUAAUAGACUUUAAUCAGAGACAAAAUAAGAUUAAGUUUAUUGAAGAGCACACAAGGAUAUCUGGAUUGGUUAAAUCUGAAUACAAACAAAAUUUAUAUCAAAUUUUUAGAUGUUCAAUUAACAAUUUAUCAUCAUUAGAUACUAUAAUUGUUGUAUAAUUUUUACUCAAAUAUAUAAAACUCUAAUUGGAUAUAGUGUUUUAAAAAUAUUUACAUUAACAAAUUAGGAUGUUUAUAUAAAAUCUAAUGUGAUUUAGUCACAAAAUGUCUUCAAACCUUGUGCGCUUUUUAGUGAGUUAAGAAUUGAGUACUAACACUAUGUGUGUAAUGCUCAAAUAAUAUAUAUCUCAGUAAUGAAGAACAAUCAAAAUUUCAAUGAAAAUUUCUCAAGUUGGAAGCACAAGUAGAAUUAGGAAAUGGCGUGUAAGUCAUGUAAAUGAUUAUCGAAGGAAAUGAAACUGCAUUCAAUUGAAUUAUGGAUUUAUCAUUGUUAAUAAUAAAUAUUUGAAUCUCCUUUUUGUUAUGAUUUCUUUGCUAAAUAUUUUCAGAUAUUGAAAUGACUGUUUUAACGUGUUUGCUAUAAAUAAAACUUUUUAAAGUUUUAAACGUAACAUGGUAUAUCAUAUUUUAAAUAUAGCCUUUAUCUAUUGUUUUUCAAUGCCAUGUGUAGCAUAUGUGAGCAAAUUGAAUCGAAAAAUAAUUAAGGUACAUGUAUUAAUCGUUUCUUUCCUCUAAAUAAGCAUGCAUUGUAAUACAAACUCAGCUUAUUUAUUUUCAUACCCUUCUAUUGCUGUGGUGAAUUGUUAUUUUUAAGUUUAUGCACAAAAUAUAAACUAUUGUGGAAAAAAAUAGUUUCUAUUAAUGUUGUAUAAUGUUGUUGGAAUUUAGUAGUUUAUUAGCAAGCAUUAUGUAAUUUAAGUGAACACAGAUUUACCCAUUGUCAUUGAUGAUAAAAAAAUAUUCAUCUUUGAUUAUGACUUGCUCUUAGUCUAUUUGAAUAGAACUGAAUAAAAAGGUAACUAAGUUUUUUUUUAUUAUUACUGAAAUACUUUCUAAAUUUAAUUUUUUUUAUACCACUGAGGUGGCAAACAUGCAUACGGCCCAUCUGAUGGUAAGCGGUUACCGUAGCAUAUGAACGCUUGUAAAUACCAGAGGUAUUACGCGCGCGUUACCAACCCUGAAGAAAUCUCUUUACCCCCCUUAUGAAGAACCUCAUGCUGUAGUCUCUUGGGAAAACUUCGGCAAGGAGCUCAUUCUAUAAUCUGAGUAUUCGUGGGAGAAAACAUCUCUGAAACCGCGUUGUACGCGACCAUUUAGGCUGUGGGAUAUAAGUGUGAAGGUAUUAGAAAGAAUACGAAAUAUUCAACUACUCGAUUUUUGAUUUGUGUGUCACGACUACUACAUCUACAUCUGCAGACUAUUUUAUAGUCGGUUGAAUUACUCGUUUGUUUACAUUUUUAUUAAGUUCUAUUGAAACAAACUGUACGGAGCGAGAGAUAAGGAACAUUGAAGUUCCCAAUAAGACUAUAUUUAGAACGCUAUUCGCGAUACAUAAAGCACCACAUCUGCACAAACAUAGUCAGCAUGAAGGUCUACAGUAUAAACAAAAGUUUGCCGUUUCCAUAAACAAGGUCUAAUAAAAUCAAAAGCUAAUUUUCUAGAGCCACAGUUAUGAGUUGUUAUAAUGUUAUUAUUAUAAUUAUAGUGAAGUAAAGAACAUUUUGUAAAAUCCAUCCAUCACACAAAGAAUUACAGUUUCUGAAUUGAAAUUUUAGGCAUUUCCGACAUUAUUGUGAAUUUCUGUUAUUUCAUAUAUACAUACAUAUACGGGAGUUUGUUACGGUUUUAUUAAAUUAAGUAUAUAGAUUAGUGUUUAAAUUACUUUGUUCGUCCAGUUAAGAAUUAUUAACGAUAUAUGUAAUUCGUUGCUUGUUUGUCUACGAUAGGUGUAUUUCUGACCAAAGGGAAUUGGAUUGAAUAUUAACUAUUAUAUAAGGGUUUUCUUAAUUUUAUCACAAUAUAGUGGAGUUGACUAAAGGAACAAAUAAAUAGCACAGCUAGAAAAUACAACCGUUCAGGUGUAAUAUAUUUUUUUUAAAUAUAGACAUACUAAAAGUGUUUUAGAAAUAAAUAACAAAAAGUCGUUCUUUCGGUUCAACUCCAUGUUUAGGGAAGUGUUUUUCUUUUUUUUUCUAUUUUUCUCUACUACGUCUAAUUUUGGAAUAUGUCAUAUAUGAAAUGUGUCGAUAAGUCGACCUGAGUGUCCAUUUAUUAGGCGUCCAGAGAUCAGUGGUUUAUCUAUGGGUUGGUAUGAGUUUUUUCUUAACCGACUGUGAGAAUAAUGAAGAGUAAAUUCUUUCGAGUAUGUAUUUAGAUCAGCAUUUUUGAUGCAAUUAUAAAUUACCUGAAUUUGACUAUGUUUUUUUUUUAUAUCUUAUACUAAUAUUAAUAUACAUGAUAUUUUUUAACAUAAUAAUGAUAACUGUAUGUCCUACAAAGUGUAUAUCAUCGUUUAAACUUAUCAAUAUCUAUUCGAAAAUAAGCAGUUACUGUCUCCUUUGAUAGUGCUAACGAUUCUAGAAAUAUGUUUAUAUUGCAUUGUUAUAUGUAAUAUCCGUUUUAUUUUGUAGCAUCAGAAUCAGCAUUACUUUGUCAUUAUUUGUAAAUACAAUGUCAAGCAAAAAUAGCUUCAUUUGUCAACUUAUAUACUCUAUACUUUUGAUAAGUUCUUUCGCUGCUUGUCUACUGAAUAUACUCUUAUUCCUUUUAUUCUUUUAUAUAUAUUCUUCAUUGCACUAAAACAUACAAUAAUAACAAGUAGUUAUUAACAAUGUUAGCAAAGGCGAACUUAUCUCUAAAAUAGAUUUGUUCCAGUCAACCUAACACAGUUGCAUAGGAAGUAGUGGGCAGUAGUAGUGCUAGAAACUGAAAUAUUUACAUAAAUUACAUUUUUAUGUACAAUAUAAAAUUUAUUUCAUGAAUCAACAUAUCUGUUUACAAGUAUACGAUUGUGCCUACCAAUGUAUCAACACAUACUCGGCAUAUACAGUGCGGUGCACUAAAACUAUAGAAAAUAUACUAAAACAUAAUUUAUUGGAUUUAACAAGAGGAUCCAAAAGUGUCAAUUCAAUGUAAAAUAUCUCGAGCAAAAAACUUUACACUCGUAUCUACUGCGCUACAAUAUGCAGAAAAUAAAAUCAAUAAGCUUUAAGAGAAAUCACUGCUAUUUUCUGAAGGAAUGUAUGAAUCAGUAAUAUUGAAUCGUAAUAAUAUUAAUAGAAAAAAAAAAAAAAACAACUGUAAUAAUAAAAAUGGACAACAUUUAAGGAGGUAAAAAAAGAUGGCAGUUGAAGAUCGAUAGCUAAUAUGGAAGGUUUUAGAACUUCUGGUAGUAAUAGUGGUGGUCAAUCUUCGAGUGUUGACAGUCACACACAUGCUAAUAAUGGCGGAAUUAAAAAAAAAAAAUAAUCAAAUUACUAGUGAUAUGGACUUCCGCAAGAUAACACCUAGUACUGUAAAGUACUUGAGGAGACACUAGACUUUUCAUUGCGCUGAACUUAAUACUCGACAUGACCCCAUUUCCUAUGUCAUAACACUUCUAUUUUGUAGUGAUUUCUCUAAAAUUCGAUUUUUUUUUAACUAGUCGAAUUAUUAUUACUAACCAAAGAUGAUCAGGGACACUCUAAUUAUCAUUUGUAACCUACGUAAUUGUUUGAUUUAUUUAUAUCUGGAUUUAUACCGAGUAGGAUCAGUGUUUCCAUUGAAAAUAAGAACUGUGUCGACUUCAAAUAUUGAGACGAAGGUUAGGCUAUUGAUGUAGUGACUUGAAUAUUUACAGAUAUAAAUUAGUGUCACUAAUGCCUGUAAUAUUGAAUACAUUAAUACUAAUGUUAUAUUUAUUAUUUUUAAAAACAAUAAUGAAAGUUAAAAUAUAAUGAAUAAGUGAGUAUAUUACAGUCUACAAUUUCAAUUCAUUGCAUUUUUUAUUAAAACAGUGGCGAAUAGCAUGUUAUAUAAUUUUAGGUCUAAUGUAUUUAAUAUUAUAUGUAUAUUUUAGUUGUAAAUGUUUGUUUUUAUUUAUUAUCCCAUAGAAUACAGCUCAUAUUAUUGGUGGCAGAUUGUAUCUAAAUUAUGCUAAUUUUUAAGGUUGUGCAAUUAAUAAGUUUUGAGAGUUUCUUUAUGUAUUUCGGUUUAAAUAUUUGUAAAUCUAAUAAUACAGAAAACUAAAAUUUUGUAUGUAAGACAGUAACUAAUCCACCUUACAUUUUAUUGUUUUAAAUACUGGGAUAUUACACUUCUAUCUUGUAAUUAUUAUAACGUAAUGUGUAUUACUAUAUAUUGUUAUUAUAUAAUAUUGUAUCAUAAAACACAUUGUCUAAAAAUUAAUCCACUGAUGUAUAGAUGAAAUUGAAAUAAAACUGUGAUGUCAUUCAUAAUUGUAGAUAGACCAUAGGUAUUAUACUGUAUCUAUGGUCAUAAAUAAAAAAUAAAAUCAUUACUUAUUUUUUUAUGGCUUGUAGACAAAUUAUGAUUGUGCCAAAAUUCUUAAUUUUAAUUAUCUGGUAAAUAUUUGAACAUAUUACAAUAUUAUUUGUAAUUAAAAAUUAAUAUAAUUCUUAUAUAAACAGUGGUAUUGCUUCAGAAAUUGAUUACGUAGCGAGAACAAAAAUUAGAAAAUCUAUAAAUAUUUUGUUCACCGUCUUCUUUCUCACAUCACAGGGUAUCCUAUUUUGUGGACUUAAUUGCAAUCAACGUAUUUUUAUUUUAAUUAGUUAUAUAUACUAUGUCUAUAAUACAACUAAAGACAGAAUUUUACAUUUAUUCUACAACUAAAGAUGAAAUUUAUUAUGUAAAACAUUACUGAAGGCAAUUAGAUGUCAUUUUACAAUGCUAGUUUCACAUUAUCACAAGACAUGUAUAAUCGCGAUCCCCUUGAAAAAAAAACAAGUCGAUAAUUGGCGAGAAUAACAAACAGUAAUUUCAUUAUAUUUCUGUUGUUCAGUUACACGUAAAUUUAGGGUUUUUUUUUUCAGAAGUUUUAUUAAAAAUUAAGGUCGACCGUCAGUCGUUUCAUCGUCACCAUUUUGAUUGCUAUACUGUUGAUUGAGACUCCUUUUUUCAAAGUUUCUGAACAGGAAGAUUAUCCAGUCCAAAAAUACCUAGUAUAUUUCUAUUUGUUUAUCAUAUUUUCUAUGCUUAUAUUAUUAAGUAUAUAAAAAUUAUUUUUCCACCUCAUAUACCAUAGAUAAAACAUCAAAAUAUUGUUUAAUAUAAUUUCUGUUAAUGGUACAGUGCUAUAGGUAUUAUUUUGUCACAUUUAUUUUUCUAGUCAAACUUAAUAUUUUGUUUUCAUUUAAAAUAAUUCCUUUACGAAUAAGUACCUAUUAUAAUCAGAUUCAUGGACAUUCUAUUGUAUUGUGAACACAUAAUCAUUAUUCAAUAAUAAUAUAUACUUAUGUAAGUAGUCGGUAAUCAGAAUGCAUAAUAUUGAAAUGUAAUAAUGUGCAUACGAUGUGUAAAUUAUAAACUUUGACUAAAAUAAAAGAGGUAAGGUGCAUCGCUACUUUUCGUGCAAACAAUAAUUAUAACCUGCCUAUAUAUAUAUAUAUAUAUAUAUAUAUAUAUAUAUAUAUAUAUAUAUAUAUAUAUAUAUAUAUAUAUUAUAUAUAUAUAUAUAUAUAUAUAUAUAUAUAUAUAUAUAUAUAUAUAUAUAUCUCGUUUAAUCUAUGGUUUUGACCUUGUUUAAAUGGGUGAAUAUAUAAGUCGAUGUUGCGUACAUGUUUUUUUUUAUAACAGGGGCAGGUUCAACUUAUCGCGGUUGGGAUUUUUUCAAUUCCAUUAAUAUUAGAAAAUGUUUUUCAUAUUUUAUUAAUAUUUCUAUAUAACAAUUAUUUUAAUAUGUAAUUGCCAAUUAACUGUUCAAUUAUAUAUAAAUAAAUGGUAAAUGUAUUUUGGAGACUUGUGUUUGCGUGUAAUGUCGAGUCCUUACAUUGUUUAAAAAUGUAUCUUCCUAUUUUAUUUUAAUGAAAGUUUAUAAUAAGAACUAUAAAGGUAUCGGUUGUUGAGUAUCAUAUGAGAGUGAUCUGAAUAUUUUUGUUAUGCCAAUUAUGGUACGAAAUAUAUUAUAGAUGGUGAAAUAUU